AUGGGGAGGCGCUCCUGCUGCCGCCGCCGGCAGCGGUUGCUGGUGGUGGCAAGUCUGGGCGCUGCGCUCCUGCUCCUGUGCACGCUCCUGCUCCUGCGUCCCGCAUUUGAAAACAAAGCCCUGGGCUUUAGCUGGUUCGGAGGAGUGAAGAAGAGUCCCCUACAGCUGUUGCACGACCUGGACCAGGAUGGGCACUCCACCAUGGCCGAGGUACACCAGCAGCGGCGCGAGCUGCUACACCAGGCCUGCAGGCGCCACACACGACGCCAGCGCCUGCUGCAGCCAGAGGACCUGCGGCACGUGCUGGUGGACGACGCACACCGGCUGCUGUACUGCUACGUGCCCAAGGUGGCCUGCACCAACUGGAAGCGCGUGCUGCUGGCGCUGCGUGGCCGUGGGGACCCGGGCUCAAUCCCUGCGCACGAGGCGCAUGCGCCUGGCCUGCUGCCCUCGCUGGCUGACUUUCUAGUGCGCUAUGACAUAGUGGGCAAGUUCGAGACGCUGGCAGAUGAUGCAGCCUUUGUGCUGGACCUGGUGGGUGAGCCUGGCCUACGCUUCCCCGCUCCACCACGGAGGCCGGAGAAGAACCCCACUCGUGAGCAGGCCCAGCGCCUCUUCCAGGACAUCAGCCCCUUCUACCAGCGUCGCCUCUUUGACCUCUAUAAGAUGGACUUUCUGCUCUUUAACUACUCGGCCCCCUCCUACCUGCGGCUGCAUUAG